AUGCGGAACUCGCUGUCGACGAGGAAUCUGGAGAUGAUCAUGGCAAUCAAGCUCGACGCUCCUGCCGUCGCUGACUUCAACUACGACAAUGCUAUGGCUGCAUGGCAUUCUGAGGUGACUCGGCGCACUACGACUGCAACGUCAACCUCGUCUGAACGAAGGGACCUGACCCGCACACCCAGAGCAGCAGCAGCGGCAGCAGCAACAGGGGCACAAGCAGCAGCAGCGCCAGCAGCAGCGCCAGAAGCAGCAGCAGCAACAGCAGCAGCGCCAGCAGCAGCUGGAGCAGCAGCAGCAGAAGUUGCAACUCUACCAGUUCUCCUGUCUGCUGAAGCCUUUCAGCAGAUGGUGCAGCAGAUGCCUGUCGGCUUGGCCAUGCAGAUGAUGCGGUAG